AUGGAGGCUGAUGAAGCUGUCAGUGAAAACCUAAAAAUGCAGUUUAAGGCUCUCCAGGAGCAGCAGCAGAAAAGGAUGCAAAAUCUGAUGGAGAAGAAAAAGGAGAGUCAACACAGCCUAAAACAGAACAACAAGGAGAAUGAAGACAAGGCCUUCGGAAUCCCAGAUGCCCUCAACUUAUCAUUCUUGGCACCCGAGACCUCCGAAUCAGACAUUGGGACAAAAUUGCUGGAAACUGAAAACGAGCAGCUCCAGCACCAACUCCGGGAGCUGGUGGAUGAGAACGGCCGGCUGUUCAAGCUUUUGAAGGAAAGAGAUUUGGAAAUAAAGCAGCUUCAUAAGAAGAUAGAAGAGGAACGGCAAGCUCUACUGGGGACCACUGGUUUAUCAGGGGAUGUUGCAGCGUCUAAAAUUGUGGAACUGGCUAAACAUAACCGGCACAUGACAGCUGAGAUGGAAAGGGAGAAAACCAGAACGAAACAGCUGAACAACCGGAUCAAACAGCUGGAAAAAGAUCUACAGAUGUCCACUGUGAAGUUGCAAUCUCACGGUGACAGCCCAGCUUUCCGUAAAAAGGCAGACGCCACUAUGAGCCCAGAAGUGAAAGCUUUGCAUGAAAAAUUGUCUGCCGUGAAUCUCAAAGCAUCUGAAUAUCGCAACCAGCUUCAGUCCACAAAACAGGAACUUAAGAUGACACAAAAGCUUCUAACCAACGAAGUGGGCGUAGACAUCAAUAUCCAAAAUCUUUUGUCCAACCCUGGCAGCUGGCGAGGACGGGCUCAGCAAAUCCUUGUCCUGCAAGGCAGAGUACGGGAGUUAGAAACCCAGCUGAAUUGUCACAAAAGCAAGUUAUCAGAGAACGAUGCCAACGAAGACCCGAUAAGCCUUACCGACUCCAGGAAGUCCUCAGCCCAAGUCAAGAACCAUUUGCGGAUUCGAACCUUGGAAAGGGAGAAGAAAGAAGCUUUGGAAAAGCUCAUGAAUCAGUACCAAGUCCUUCAGAACGACCACGAGGAUGUGAAGAAGAAGCUGGAGGGGUCCAAAGCCAGGAACAAGGUCUUGUCCAACGAGGUGAAGACUCUGAAGGAGCAAAUUUCCACCCUGAUGGAGAAGGGGAAGCACGACAACGAACUCGUGGAUGCUCUUGUGAGCCAGCAGAAAGAAAUGCAAGGCAUCUUAAAAAAUCUGAGCCAGCAAGAAGACAGGAAUGUGGAGGGUGAGAAGGCCGUGGGGAAGAAGCUGAAUUCUGAGAUCCAGAAGCAAAACUGCCUCAUUGACCAGCUCAAGCAGAUGGUGGCCGAGCGAGAAGCUCAGGUGAAGGAGCUGGAAGAGAUGGUCAGGCAGCUGAGGUUGCAGCAGCAGCACCUUCCCCCCCAAGAGGAAAGUGGAUUAGAUUCGGGUUCCACGCUGUCUACAGAGUCUUUAGAAGAGGAAAAUCAGAAUUUAGCCACCAAGAAAGAAGACUAUAGCAGAACUGACAGCUCUGUAAGGACAGUGUCGAAGAUGGGACACACCCUGGUGGAUUCUGCAGCAACGUUAUUUCCAAUGUCUCCUGAUAGUGCACCAGAGCUGAACAGUGUUGAUUUCAGGACCCUGCAGGCUCAGAUCACCGAAUACAAGACUCUGUGUCAAGCAGCAGAAGUGGAACGAGACCGUUUGAUAGAGCUGGUCAGCAUCCUACAGAAAAGGGUAGAUGAGAGCAUCACAAAAGUUUGGGAAGCCGAAAAGAAAUUUCAGGAACAACAACAUAAGUACGUCGCUCUUGAGCAACAGUUUGCGAAGCUGAAGAUGGAAUCCGGGAAGACAGUCGUGGCCCCCAGGGCUCAGCCCAAAACCAAAACAGCUCCGCCAUUCAGCAGCACCAAAAUGAGCUGGAACGCCGGGGAUAAAAAAGAUCUGCCAUCCGUUCAACUUUCCGAAGUGCCUUUGGAGUCUCAGUUGGAGGAACUGUCUACACAGCUAGCGAUCCAGAUGGACGAGAUCGAAGGCCUGAAGAAUGCUUUGCAAGAAUCCAUCCGGACCAAAGAGGAGGACUUCCGUGUAUACCAGGACACCGUGGGACAGGUGAAGGAGAUCUUCCUGCACGCUCUGAAGCAGCAUGCGCAGGAGAAGAACUGAGUCUGGUCCAGUGGUGGGAGGGGGUUAGUCCCGCUGUCCAGAUGUGGUCCCUCCGAGGUGACUCUCAUUUAAAUACUUGCAGGAGGGUGCAGGAGACACAGCAGACGUUGGUCCUGUAGAAGAUGCAGG